AUGGCCAAGAUACGUUCCUUUUAUGACCUCCUGGUAAUGCUUUCAUUACUCACGUCACAGACGUUGGCCAAAUGUCCAGUGGCUAGUGUUUGCGCCAUUGCCCAUAAGGGACCAUCGAUUGGCAAGGAGGUUGUGCACGAGAAUAUGACACUUUAUGUUACAGGGAAGCAUUCAAACACAGCCGUGCUGUAUUUGACAGAUGCCACCGGCAUUGUGCAACCGGAGAACAGGUUGCUGGCAGAUAGCUUCGGCCGUGCAGGAUAUCUUACCGUCGCCCCUGAUCUGUUUAAUGGCACUCCAGCACCCGCGGCGAAAGAUCCGUAUAACCCAAACUACAACCAGACCGAGUUUCUAGCCCGUCACAACCCAAAAGUUAUCGACCCGAUGAUCGAUGCCACAAUCCGAUACAUUCGCAACGUCCUAGGCAUAAAUCGCAUCGUAGCAUCCGGGUACUGCUUUGGCGGGCGCCAUGCCGUCCGCGUCCUGUCUGAGGGCCGAGGUGUCAGCGCAAGCUUUGCCGCGCACCCGGCCCUGCUCCAAGACGACGAGAUUCUGGGGAUCACUGGGCCCGUAACUAUUGCGGCCGCGGAGAACGAUUUCGCCAUGUCAAUUGAUCAGCGACGCCACAUUGAAGAUCUGUUGUUGAACACCACGCACCCAUAUUCACUCUCAUUGUACAGUGGGACGGAACAUGGAUUCGGUGUUCGAGGCAACGUCUCGAUUCCUCAGAUCAAGUUUGCUAAGGAAGAGGCUUAUUUCCAAGCAGUUCGGUGGUUUGACUCUUGGGGCAAGGCAGCAAGUGGUGGUAAGAUGGAGAAAUAA